AUUUAGACGAGACACAUCUAUUCAUAUCAUCUGAUAUUGUAGAAACUUUACAAGCAAGAGUUGAUGAUUUAAUGGAUCAAUUAAGCAUACCUGUACAUGAUAAGGGAUUGUAAGAAUAAUAAAUAUGGCAUCAAGAGAAUCAGGAAGAGUAAAGGAUGCAGAGAAAAGAAGAGUACUUGACGAUGCAGCAAGAAAAAGACGCGCACGUAAAGCUGUGGAAGCCCUUGAACAGGAUAACUUCCAUGAUGAUCCACAUGCGGACCUGGUUAUGUCAAAGAAAGUACCAAAAUUUGCUGAUUCUAAUGAAAAACCGACAAGAAAGAAAAAAUCAAGAAGUGCAGAGUACUAUAAAUUAAGGUUUAGGAAGACAUUUGGACAGUUAGUUGAGGAAGAGGCUAGUUUUAGACCUGAACCUCCAAAUUAUUUGUCUGCUCAAGCACCACCUUCUAAAUUUCCUGACCGUCACUUUUGCGCAGUGUGUGGUUUUAUUUCAAACUAUACGUGUAUUUCUUGUGGGGCUCGAUAUUGUUCUGUAAAAUGCCUUGGAACGCACUUGGACACGAGAUGUCUGAAAUGGACGGCAUAAAAUAAAUGUCUUAAUGUAAUAAAAGUUAUUUUCGCACUACCCAA